GGCGGUAAAUGCAACGAAAAAGAUGCCAACUGCCUAUAAACUCCAAAGAAGAAGAAGAUGCACGUUGUAAACGCUUGUAACACUGCGACAUAGUGAGGACUUUACUUGAUCUUCUUUCAAAGCGUUGAAAACUCACACAGCUAUAAUGGACGACCGCGAGCUGGACCUGACAGAGGCACAGAAAGCUGUCAAGUCAAAAUAUCCGCCGAUUAACAAAAAAUAUGAAUACCUGGAUCAUACAGCAGAUGUUCAAAUCCACUCCUGGGGAAACUCUUUAGAGGAAGCAUUCGAGCAGUGUGCCAUGGGCAUGUUCGGGUACAUGACGGACACGGAGACAGUGGAGCCGAUUGAUACUGUCGAUGUAGAAUCAGAGGGUGACGACAUGGAGUCUCUUCUUUUCCACUUCCUUGAUGACUGGUUAUUCAAGUUUUGUGCAGAUCUCUUCUUUGUUCCCAGGGAGAUCAAAGUUUUACACAUAGACAGAAUACACUUCAAGAUCCGCUCCAUUGGUUGGGGUGAAGAGUUCUCCCUGGAAAAACAUCCACAGGGAACUGAGGUGAAAGCCAUCACAUACUCCGCAAUGCAGAUCCAUGAUAUAGAAAAACCAGAGAUAUUUGCCAUUGUUGAUAUCUGACAGUGGCUCCAGAAGCAAACAACAGUCCUGGUUCGAUGAAACUGGAGUAUCUACUUGGCCCAUUUAAGUGGCCUUUAGUCUAAGGCACUUACAAUUCGCUUGUAAAAUCUAAUUUUCUACUUGGAAGUUGAACUGUUCACUACCAGGAGCAAAACACAGCAACCCAACAUUUCUUGUGAUUAUGGGUGCACACAGUACAGUGGCGGAGCAGUGAUAUGACACUGAUAUGUUAUACAUUGAAUCAUUUCAGAAAUCAAAAAAACAUGGAAAUAGCAGAAUUCUUUCCUUAAAGUCAAUAAGUAAAAGUAAAACUUGAAACGAUGCAGUUGCUUUUUAACACAUUUAACUUGAAAUGCUGUCAUAAAUUCUUAUUUAUCACAUUUUUUAAAUUGUUUUGAUGCCUUAAUAAUCAUUGUAAAUAAAUCAACAGAUGUUUAUUUUUUUCUGUGGGAUUGAAUAAACGAUUACCGGUAUUUUAAAAUAAAAAAAAAAUGUUUUUGAGUAUGUUGUGGGUUUUUUUGUAAUUCUGGAGGACAAAGCAGUUAUCAGGGGCUCCAAAUGAUUAAUUUCAUAGCAAAAACUUAAACUAACAAUUGACUCUUGAUGACACAUAAACUAGCCUUUAUAUAAAUGUGGAAUAAACACUGAGGAUUUCA